AUGUACAUGCUAAGGUAUUACUUGGAUGAAAACGGAAAAAGGGUUUACACUGUUAAGCCCCUGAUCAACGGAAACGUAACAUUCUCAGCUCAUCCGUGCAGGUUCUCACCAGACGAUAAGUUUUCAUCACAGAGAAUAACCCUCAAGAAACGAUUUAAUUUGUUAUGA